AUGGCUUCCGCUACUUACCGACGUAGUGACCUACCUACUCCCAGCUUCGUUCAAGUUGAACUAACCAUCACCUUUCGACUCAACUUCCAGCUCCAUUAUUGCUCAACAGAUCAAAUCAUCGAUCUCAACGAAGAGGGCCCUUUAUCCUCCCAAGAAACUCUUGGUUUCGAUCUCCGUGUUUUGAGAAACCGUGAUCAGGUUUUCCAAAUUCUUGGUCCCGUGCUAAGAAGACAUCACAUCCACAGCUCUCCCUCUUUCGAUGAUAUCAUUGAUGAUAUCAUCCAACACGUACGUAGACUCGGAAACUUGGGGUCCAACAAGGGACGUCAAGUCUUGGCUUUACACACAGAGAUAUCGAGAACAAUUGUGCAACACGUAAACCACGAGGAAGACGAGGAUUUGAUCGGAAGAGCUUUAGAAGAAUCAGCGUCGGAGUUUGAAGCAAGCAACUAUAACAUGGUUCCAGCGAAGGAGUCAUCGGUGAAGAAGAUGCUGAAGAGGGUUAGGGUCGAAGGUGGAGACUGUGAUCAGAAGGGUGGAGAAAAUAUCGAGGAAAGACUCGUGAAAGCUGAUGACUGCGUGAUAUGUUUGGAAGAACUUAAAGUUGGAUCAGAUGCUUCUCAGAUGCCUUGUUCUCAUACUUUUCAUGGUGACUGCAUCGAAAAGUGGUUGAUGCAAAGCCACUAUUGCCCUGUCUGUCGGUUUGAGAUGCCUACAGAGUGA